GUACCUCUGUCGCGUAAUUUUUGUUAUUACAUGUGAAAACGAAGCUUAUCGAUCGGAAAAUUGAUACUACAUAGCAAUUAUAUACAAAUAAAACGCAUGAUCAAAGCAUCUUAUUGAUAAAAAUGCCGCGGGAUAUAAGAUCUUACUUUACGUCGGUUGCGACUUCUCAGAAAAAGAACAGCGAGCCUGGUGCUUUAAAACCCCAAAAGAGGCGUGUAAUUUCUUCGGACGAAGAUGAGAAGUCAAAGUCACCUGCAAAACGUUCCAAGAUUGUACAAAAAAAAGCGACCAAAGUUUCUGUCUUGUCUGACUCCGAUGAUGAUGUAAUUGUGAUAAAUAGUAAGGAAGAUUUUACAAAAUCAAGAGCAAACAAGAAAAAUGAGAUUAAGAAGCCACGUAAAGAAAUCUCUUCUAGCGAAUUGUUUGGCAAAAAGCCAAUAAUGAGAAUAGAGGAGGCAAAAGUGAAUAAAAAACUGCAGAAACUGGAAUCUGAAUUUCACAAUGAUGAUGAUUUUGAAGCUGCACUUAAACAACUGGAUACUUCGAAAGAUAUAAUAACACAGGAUACAAAAGAAGAUAAAAAUGGCAUUGAAAAUUCAAGUAAUUUAAAAAAUUCUGAAGCAACAAUUAAAACAGAGAUAGUUCCUAAUAAAAGCAAGAAACAUGAUACUUCUUUGGAAAAAAGUCAAACAAAAAUGAAUACAAAUACUAAAAAGAUGAAAAAAUCUCCCAAAAAAAAUAAGAUACAUUUAAAACUUAUUUCUCCUUCAAAAGAGAAAUUAAAAAUUAAUAAAAGUAACUCCAGCUCCAAUGAAGAUUUAGAUAUAAACAGUAAAUAUAAUGAUGACAAAUUAAAAAAAUUAAACUGGAACAACUUGACAAUAAAUAUCUCGAAACAAGUUUCAGCUGCGAAAGAAAAUGAAAGUAUAAAGAAACAAUCGUCAGAUAGGAAGAAAAUCGAAGCGGAUUUAUUUGAGGAAAGAAUAGAAAAAAAGAAGCAGCGUGCUGUAAUGUAUGAAAAAUAUCUUCAGAGAGGAGGCGCCAGAAAUCCCGGUUCAAAGGAAAUUCCUACAGGUGCACCAAACUGUUUAGCUGGUGUGAGUUUCUUACUCACUGGUGUUUUUGAUUCACUGGAAAGAGAUGAAGCUGAGCAUUUAAUACGGAAAUACAGUGGUCGUACUGUGAAUACCGUUUCGGGCAAAGUUAAUUAUAUCAUAGUAGGAGAUGAAGCUGGUCCAGCAAAAUUGGCAAAGGCCAAUAGUUUGGGCAUCAAACAAAUAUCCGAAGAUGAUCUCUUAGAAAUGAUUCGUACAAGACCAGAAGGUAAAACUGAAGAUGUAUUUAUAACAAAGGCGAAAUCAAACGCGAAGAAAAUAUUGAAUAAAUCUGAGGAGGAUAAAUCGCCAUUAUCAAAAGAAGAAAAAUCGGCAUCAACAAAUUCGUACGAUCUUUCUGAAAAGAUAAAUAUAUGUGCACCUGUGAUACCAAAGCAGACAUUGGAUGCAAUUAAUUAUUCGCAAGAGACUACAAGCAUCGGUUCGCAACCGUUAGUUGAAAAGUAUAGACCUAAAACCAUGAAACAGAUUAUAGGACAGCAAGGAGAUAAGAGCUGCGCACGCAAUUUACAUGUGUGGUUGCGCGAUUGGUAUAAGAAUCGCCAAAAUUCGAAAUUAAAAAACGGCAGCAAACAAACCCAUGGAGAAAGUUUCAAAGCUGCUUUGUUGUCGGGUCCCCCAGGCGUUGGUAAAACAACAACUGUGCAGGUUGUUUGUAAAGAAUUGGGGUACGAUCUUGUAGAAUUCAAUGCUUCUGACACAAGAAAUAAGACUCUCCUGAAAGAAGAAGUCUCAGGAUUAUUAUCCAACACUACGAUGAAAGAUUAUGUCACUGGUACUAAACAAAAGACCACAAGUAAGCAUGUACUGUUGAUGGACGAAGUCGAUGGCAUGGCUGGCAACGAAGAUCGCGGAGGUUUACAAGAAUUACUUACUUUAAUAAAAAAUACCGAAGUGCCAAUUAUCUGUAUCUGCAAUGACCGAUUUAAUACAAGAGUGAAGACUAUUUCCAUGCACAGCUACGAUCUAAGAUUUCACAAGCUCAGAGUGGAGCAAAUCAGGAGUGCUAUGUUGUCUCUAUGCUAUAAAGAGAAUAUUAAGAUGCCGACGGAGGAUCUUAAUCGUCUAAUCGAGUCGACGAAUUAUGAUAUUCGACAAGUGAUAAAUCACCUCGAAUUUCUCGGCGGUCGUACACCUCAUGUGGAGGCGACCGACAAGAAGCAUUCGAAUAAGAACUUCAAACUCGGCCCGUUUGACGUUAUAAAAAUGGCAUUCAACGCGGAAGAGCAAAAAAAUAUGAGUUUAAACGAUAAGAUUGGUUUAUAUUUCCACGAUUACAACAUAGCACCUCUUUUCGUUCAAGAAAAUUACCUGAGUGUCAGAUCAUCUCAAGUACCACUUCUUCAGAAGCUGGAUAAAAUUGCUCAUGCGGCUGACAGUAUAUCCCAAGGAGAUGUCAUCGAGAAGGCAAUGAGAAGCAAUAUGAUGUGGAGUCUGCUUCCAUUGCACGCUUGUUUCUCGUUUGUUAUACCAACUAAUGAAAUGUCGGGGAAUCUUGAUGCGUUGGUGCGUUUUCCGGGUUGGUUCGGGCGAAACUCGAAGGCUACGAGAUUUAAUAGAUUAAUACAAGAAUUAACGACGCAUACGCGAUUAACGACAGGCGCAAAUAAAGACGCUCUGAAUAUGGAUUAUAUGGUUCAUAUUCGAAAUGCCAUUAUAAAACCUCUAAUAGAUAACGGUACGGAUGGUAUUGAAGCAGCAAUAAACAUCAUGGGAAAAUAUCAUUUAACAAGAGAGGAUUUGGAUUCAAUGAUAGAGAUUUCUCUCUGGCCAGGAGUUCGCGAUCCUACGAGUAAUCUUGAUAGCAAAGUGAAAGCAGCAUUUACACGAGCGUAUCAAAAGAAUUCUCCUAUGCUGCCAUAUGCAAUUAACAGCAAUGUUGCAGCAAAGAAAAGAUCUUUGCAAGAUGAAGAUUUCAUAGAAGAGGAAAAUAAUGAAGAAGAGGAUGACAGUAUCGAGUUCGACAAAAUGAUCAAGGCAAAGAAACCUACUGCUAGUACUAGUAAAGCUGCUGUAUCUACGAAAAGAAACGGCGAACCAGCUAAAAAACGUGCAAGAAAGGGACGGGAUAAACCCAAAUAGGCGACAUAUAAUAUCAAGGAAUGGAACGUAAAUGUUAUUUAAAGAACAAAAUGUGGAAACACAGAAUUGAUUAUUGUUAAUAUUCGUUUGUUUGCUUAAUCAUAUCAAUCGCAACGACACUUAUAUGUGAAUGAAUAUGGAAUGAUUUUUAUAUUUCACUUGUUAAAUUUAUUGUGCAUUGAAAUGCAAUGACUUUACAAAGU